AUGCAUUUCUCUCAAUUUUCCGCAGUUGCCUUGAUGGCAGUUAGUCUCGUAGCUGGCAUACCUACACAAGCGCCCAGUGCAGCAGACGCGACAACCCAUACUGUUGUCGUCGGCUCAAGCAACACUGAUCUCCUCGUAUUCACACCACAAGAACUCAACGCAAAGACCGGCGAUAAAGUGGAGUUCCAAUUCUCCGAAAGAAACCAUACCGUCACACAAUCUGCAUUCGAUUCUCCAUGUCAGCCGAUGGCCAACGCAAUUCAUAGCGGCUUCGUUCCGACGACAGCAAAUCAAAGCAUGGUCACGACCUUCACUAUGACGGUCAAUAGUACCGCUCCGAUGUUCCUAUAUUGUGCGCAGGGAAAGCAUUGCCAAGCUGGAAUGGUUAUGACAAUCAAUGCAUCAAAUGGGACCCAAAACGUUGGGACAUACAAAGCCGCAGCAGCUAAAGCAGCAUCCAAUGUUCCAGCAAAGAAAGUCAGCGGUGGCGUCGUAGGAAAGAUUGCGCUUGAUAAGGCCACCACGGUUCCCCUACGACGACGAAUUUAA